GAGCGGGGGUGAGGGUGCCGGCGACUGGGCCUGGUCCCAGGACAAGACGCCGCCCGGAGGCCACUCACCGCGGGGUUCUGUCAGCUCGGCUUGAGGAUCAUCAUCGCCGGCCCCUCCCUCGGCGCGUGCGGCCCUGGUCGCGAGCAGACAAUCCGGCUUCCCAGGCUCAGGUGGGGCCGGACCCGCGGCGCGCAGGUGUGGGCCGCCCAGGAUCGCCGGCAGAGGCCUUCGCCGAAAUCGCGCUUCUGCGAAACCACCCAUGUAAGACGCCGGAGAAGGGCAGAGGCUGCUCCCCGCGCCGUCCUCGUGCGUUUCCGGCGCGGUCACCGAUACUUCCGCCCGGGUGCGCCGAGUGGAAGCAGUGCACAAAAUGGCAACGACAGAGAAGACGUGGUGGACUGUGCCUGAAAACUUUAAGGCUCCAUUGGUAUUUUACAUGGAAGAGGACCAGGAGGAACGCAUCUUCGGCCUCUCGGAUGCUGACCUCCACCUCAUCGAGGUAAACAGCUGCACCCUCAUUCAGCUGGAAGGGUGGUUCACUGCCACUGGCCAGACACGCGUCACCUUAGUCGGGCCGCCCAAGGCAAGGCGGUGGUUGAUGCAGAUGGUCCGGAAUGUGGAGAGCCAGGACUAUCAUCGUCAGGCCCAAGGCCUCCAAAUGCUGCGACUUGUCCGGAGCCAGCCCCUGACGGAGGAAGACCUGGGCGUCUUCCCCGACCUGCAGAUGGACUUUGGAGACAUAGCAUUGGCGGCCAGGAUCUGUGGGAACCUCUCUCUUGGGGGGUUCUCCCUUCUGCCAUUCGGUUGGUUCUUCUAGAAUCCUUGGAUGGGUAAUAAAGGACUGAUCUUUAUUACUACAUGGUCAAGAAGGGGAAGGAAAAUCUUGACAGCCUUCCUUGGAGAAGAUGUGAAGGACAUCAAGGGAAGUUUGGAUUCGUGCCUUCCAAUUCUGUCUCAGGCCUUCUGGGCUCGCGUCUGGGGAUGGGGGUGGGGGAGGUCUUCUAAAUGUGAGAAAGUAUU